AUGCCGGUUUUACACGCAGACUUGAGCGGUCGCCUUUUGACAUAUGUUGUGUUUGUUCGGCUUCAGGUGUCAGCCAUGAAAUGCGGCCUGUUGCCGAUCUCACCUGAGGCCCUCUCCUUGGGUGAGGUGACCUAUCAUGACUACCACGGCAUACUGGUGGAUGAGGAGGAGGGCGAGCUCAUCAAGAAGAAUCUCGGGCCAAACAGCAAGGUAAUUUCUCUUACACUGAUUCGAAGAGCGAGUUUCAUUUCAAAUGAAGACUUAAAGAUGUCUUUGCCAUGUGGAAAAAAAACAAACAGGAUUGUCUUCCUUAUACAAAGAGCUGUUGUGCAUCAUUUCUAUUUUUCUCCAUCUUAGGUGCUCAUCCUCAGAAACCACGGCCUGGUGUCUGUCGGUGAAACAGUGGAGGAAGCUUUUUAUUACAUCCACAAUCUUGUCACUGCCUGUGAGAUCCAGGUAGGUCCCAUUAUGAGCUCUGUUGAGGGUUGAUUCCUUUACUUUUCGAGUCACAUGUCUUCAUUUGAGUUGUUAUUUGGCUCUAUAUAUUUGUCUACAUUACCAUAACUAUUGUCUUUGUCCCCCUGUGUCUCCACAUCUUAUCUGUGUUUAUCUUUCUUCAUGUUAACGUGUGUAUCCAUGCGUGUUUUGUUUUUAUUUUUGAUGUGCGUCUGUGAUCACACGUCUACACUUUCAUUUCUUCCUGCAUCUUGGAUCCUGUCUGUGGUUUUGUCUGUCUCUACCUUCCCCUCCUAAAUUUCUUUCAGGUGCGAACACUGGCCAGCGCUGGAGGGCCGGACAAUCUGGUGAUGCUGGACCCGGGGAAAUACAAGGCACGCCCACGGGUGCCAGAGCCAGCCGGCGACGGGUCGUCCACACAACCUAAGUGGCAAGUCGGGGAGCAGGAGUUUGAGGCUCUCAUGAGAAUGCUCGACAACUUGGUGAGGACAUGAACGAUUUUUACUAGUUAAACUAAAUUUAAAAAAUGUUUGAACUAGUGGGGUAAUAAAAUACCAGAUUCAUAGUGAGUAUUAUGUGUGUUUGCGGUCAUUGUCGCACAUGUUCUGCUAGAAGGGGGCUGUUUUUUUGUUUUUUUUAAUAAUAAUCAGAUUUUAUUUUAUUUUCAGAAUUUAUAAAUACAUGAUUUUAAUACAAAUAAGGUAGAAAAUGACAAGAAAAGGAUAAAACAUGAGGGAAAAAAACAAGAAAACAAAACAAAAAGAAGGGUAAACAUAAAAAAAACCCAACAACACAACAAUGUGUCAUCAAUUAAAGAAAUAUAUGUCCUUGUACUUAUAAAAAAAAGUAUAUUUUAUCACCAGUCUGCUCAGUCUGGGACCCCCUAAACCACUGUCUCUCCUCCGUAUAGUUUCACUUAGGGAAGGGGACAUUUCUAAGGUGUCAUGUUUUGUUUAUUUUGUUUCGUUUUGUUUUUUUGGUUCAAGUAACAUAUUUUGAUUACUGGUAUUUUAAUCCCAAAACUUCAUUCUUGGAGCUUUGUAAAACCUUCCCAGCCCUUCAUUUGUUGUUUGUGGUUUUCCCUCUGCAGGGCUACAGGACGGGCUACCCAUACCGCUGCCCGGCCCUGCGAGACAAAGGUAAAAAGUACAGUGACGCAGAGUCCUCAGCCCACGGUGGUUACUCAUACGGCGAGGACAGUGACUCAGGCGCUCGCUCCCCGCUGAAACACAGCUUCCAGCGCGGCCAGCGCGACAAGACCCGCUGGGUCAAUGCCGGCGGCCGGCCCGACGAGCCCUACGAGGACGGGCCCGACGGCAGCAGCCCCAAGUCGAAGCCUAAGGUGUGGACGAACAUAACACACGAUCACGUCAAACCCUUGCUGCAGUCUCUCUCGUCUGGUGUCUGCGUGCCAAGCUGUAUAACCAACUGCUUGGUCUGUGCCUACCUUAUUGUUCAUAGUAUAGAUUUUACAGCUACCUUGUUGUGGAAACAGGUAGGUGGUCGGCAUCCUGAGGCUCUGGGGAUAGUGAGGAGUUUUAAAUAUAGUACAAUCUCUCAUCUAUGAUUGAGCCUUUUCUAUUAAACUGCUUCACUAAAGAAAGGGAGUGGUUGUCAUCCUACUACUUUUUCCGGCUCUCUGUCUGUAAUUUAAGAAGCACUGUCAACCAACUCUGCUCUGUUAAUUACUGUGCAGCACAGCUGUGAUCAUUCUGCUGAUUCACUUCGCUCUUGUUCUCUUUCCGGUCUCCUAACGCUUCACGAUGCCGGGCCAGCUGCCUCCCAGCAUGCCCCACUGCAUGCGUAGUAGUGAAAUGCAUUGUUGGUGUUGAUGUUCUUCCCAGAGGAGCGAGCAGCAGGGGGUGUGGCAUGAGUCCUCAAGUGGGCAGGUGGAAGUGGCAGACAUGGUGACCCCACUUUCGCUCACCACCCUGUAAUACACGUCCUCUUUUUUUCUUUGCAUCUUGAAAUUAGAUUCUUAAAGUCUUUCGCUUCAAAAACAGAGUGAAGAAACAGCAAACAGAUCCAGAAGGUUUUUGUUGGUAGAGCUUUAGAUAUAAGAGUGAGUUUGCACUGUUGGCCGCUCACAAAUGGUUUUAUUUACUGUGCCUGCACUAAAAAAGGAAGUUGCAUGUCUCUUACUUGCAAUCUUACAUUUCCAGAGUUAUAAUGAAGAUAUUAAAGAAACCAGAUAUAGCUGCUAGACAACUAAGCAAACUUGGACAAAUGAAUGUUUCUCUUUCCUCUUAUUUUCAUUCUCUCUAGAUUUUGGUUUCAGUUUGUUCUGAUAAUGGUUCAAAUCCUGCAUGAGUGGAGUUGCUAUGAAAAAAGAAACAAGAAAAAAAAAACAUCCAUUGAAUUUGAUCUGACUUGUAAAUCAAUUAUCUCCUGUUGGGAAAGUAGGAAAUGUUGUGUUGUGAGACUCUUUCUCAGUGAGUAUAUCGUGUUGUUUACAUGUUCAUCUCAUACUCAAACCAACCCCUGACCCAGCUACCUCCAUCCAGAAACCCUUCCUCAUCUGGCCCUUGAUUUGGAAAGCUAGCAAGCUUAGUCUUACAGUAAACGCAGGAAUGAAAUCAUGAGCUUACGCUUUCCACUGCAAAUUACAUGCCUAGCUUGAAAAGGUGAAACGAAAUAGUCUGCAUGAAAGCUGAAGAUUUGAUUUUUUUCUCCACCGCUGCUCAUUCAGAAAUGGGUCCUGACUUUUUUUUCCUUCAAUCAUGCUGAGCAUUACCAGGUUUACUAAAACACUGAGAGUAAGCGGGGUGUUAUUUCAGACUGAGAGGAAAAUGUCAGCUAUUACAGACACUAAACGGUUUGGUCCCUGCAGGAAUAAAAGAUGCCCUCUUGUUUUAGUUUGUGGCGUUGUGACAAUGAGUUUUAUUUUGUCCCAACGUGGGCGAGUGUCCUCGGGUGUGUUUCUCUCUUAUCUCUGUCGUCUUUGUUGUCGUGUAUCAGCCUGGGAAAUGACUUUGGUGAUGCCAGCUCACCCCUCACUGCCACUCUCGCUUCGUAAGCCAGACUCAUCAUCUCAGUCACUCACUCACUCACCCACCUGGCCAUCCCUCACCUCACCCUCCCUUUUGUCUCCUGCCACCACCCACCCUUCACUUCUCCCCCUCUCCCCUCCUCCCCCCUUUUAAUCUGUUUUUUUUUCUUCAUUCUGUGAUGUUCUCAGUUGGUCUUCAGUGUGUUUUAUUUGUUUGGAUCUUGAAUAGAAUAUCAAUGAUGAUGAUAAAUGGAUUUCAGAUUUUCACAUUUGUUUGCUGUGUCUGAGAUCACACACUGGUUUACAAAUCCCCAUUCCCUCCUUAAACAGUUCUCUUUUGAGGAUUUUACACUUAAAAAAAUACAGUCUAGACCACAGGAGUCAAACUCAAGGCCCGGGGGCCAAAUCUGGCCCUUUGAACAAUUACAUCUGGCCCACAAGAUCUUGUCAUAUUUGUAUUAUUAUUGGCCCAUCAGAAUGAGGUCUGCAGAUUUCCUCCAGGAUAUUAAUGUAAAUUUUAAUACCAAUAUUUGAAAUAUCCUUCAUUAAUACAAAUCUGGGGAAGUAAAGAGUGAGGAAGUUUUGAUAAAUAGUCAAGAAUAUGGGGAAAUAAUUAAUGUUUUAUUCACAUUUACAAUUUUGCAUCUCAGGAUUACAAGUCAAACAUGAUUUGACUUUUUAUUUUGUGUUUUGAUUUUUUUCCACUCAGUAUUAAGAUUUAUGUCAUAUUAAUCCUUUUAGAUUCCAAUUUUAAAAUUGAAGUCAUAUUUUGAUUUCAAAAUGAUCUCAUAUUUCAACCUUUCAAACUUGUGAGUUUGCGAAUGUGAAGUUAAAUCUGUGAUAAUGGAAAGAUGACAGCAACUGUUUGUCCAGUGAGGUAGAGCAGGAGAAAGUUUGUGCAACAAAUAUAUUCAAGAUUAGCAAGAUGUGCAACCUGAAAAUAAAAUACAGCGUAAAUAAGACAAACGUAAAGGAAAGACAAAUGCUAAAUUAGCCAAAUAGUUAGGGUUAGGGUUAGAAAAAGAAAAAUGUAUAAAUUGCAAUAUAUGGUAUCGCAAUACUCACUGUAUUGCAAAAUGUAAAAAAAUCGCUAUAAUCUCGUAUUGUGGCUCAAAUGUCGUGAUAACAUCGUAUCGUGGGCCCCCUCGUUAUUCCCACCCCUACUGGUCAUUGGAUGCAUUGUAACUGUUUGCCAAAAACCCACCUAAGCUUCACUUGCUUCCUGUUUCUAGGUUGAUAGUUGGAGUUAGUACUGCUAUUAUAGUGCUCACCAUGGUUUGGUUGUAGAAGCCAGUGGGUAAAGUCGCAGAGACUACUGUCUUUGGUGCAUACAUACUAAUGUCUGCGAUCAUCAUUUCAAAGAACGACCAUUACUUGAUCUUUAUCAAAAAAAAAGGCUCCAUCUGCCCUUUUCUUUACAAUGCAUGAUGGUAUCUAUUGCACACCAGACCCCCAGUUGUACACUUCCCUUUGAAAUAUGGUGGGAUACAAUGAGUCCUCUAUAAAGGGUGUCAUAAAUCUCACCCACAGAGCACAUGAAAGAAGCACAGAAUGGGAAUUUUUCCCCUCAGAGUGCACGAUUAAGUGAGAGUGGGUGAUUUCAGACACAGCCACUCAAAGGCCUUGGCUGCUACAGAGCGUGCACAAGGUCCCUUUUUCAGUGUCAGGUUGAGCAAUAUACCAAUCAAAGUGUACAAAAGGGUAGAAAGAAUUUGAUAACACAGUUGUUUAGAGUUUCACACAAACAGAACAUGUUUUAGAUUAGAUUAGAUAUUCCUUUAUUCAUUCCUCAGCGGGGAAAUUAAAAUUGUUGACAGCAACAGUACACACAACAUACACAUUCACACAUACUAGCUGGGUACAAAACAAAUAAAUUAAGAUAGAAAAACUAGUGUAAAAUAGAACGAGCAGGGAAAGAACAGUAUAAAAGACUAGUAUAAAAAGAUAAAAAGAUCUUUUUGUCUGUAGAUUAAAUAAAUCAAGAUGCACUUCUCUUCCAUAUCCAAAAGUUUCAUCACAAUUCAGAAAGAAGAGCUGGGCAGUAUAGAAAGCCACAAUUCUCAGAUUUCUCAUUAUGUUUUUUAAUCUCACUUUCAGCAGCAGAGUUCAGGUUAACUCUUAGAAACUUGACCAUUAACUGAUGUUUGUGAAAUCUAAUUCAAAAUCUAUCAUAGUGAACCUGAUUUGACCUAUUUUAUAACUUCCAUGCUCUGUCUUUGACAAAUUCCCUGACUAAGAAGACAGUUAAUUUAGAUGAUUUAAUCUUAAUUCUGAUACAUGUAGGUGUGAAUCCAAGGCAGACAAGCUAGACCGACUUAAAUGAAUCAAACACUGAAGGUUGAUGACGAAGAAUUAAAGAGCAGCCCCUUUGUUAUUGUUCUUUUAAAUGUGAGUUAGUCUUACUCAUACCCCCCUGAAUGUGCCUCAUCAUCAUUGGUUCAAUUUCUACAUUCAAACUUUUUUACAGCCAUCCAACUUUUGUCCAUUUCAGUUCAGCAUGACUCUUGUAUUGUGAAGCCUGCAUAGUACUUUGUCUGAAUCUAUUUUUGUGCCUGGGUUUUUUUUUAAUGUCAUACAUGAGACCUGAUUUUAGUUUGUUUUUAACACUUGAUGUGGUGUUUACAGUGGACAAAGGAAGAGGGGCUCCGCCAGGCUGCUGUAGCCAAUCAGUUCAUCCCACUGAACACCAACCCAAAAGAGGUUCUGGAAAUGAGGAAUAAGGUAUCUCCUACUUCUCCCUUUUUACUGCAUCAGAGACGAUCAGAGGUUCUUGAGGUUUUUUUUUUAAAUCAGUGUUUUAAGAGUAGAAUGAUGUUGUUUACAGAUCCGGGAGCAGAACCUGCAGGACAUAAAAACAGCGGGUCCCCAGUCUCAGGUUCUGUGUGCAGGAUCCGUGGUGGAACGCUCCUUCAACCAGGUCAGUCUGUCAACUCUUCUGCAUAAACCCUCCCUGCUGCUACAGCCAUCCUGACCUGGAGAUGAAUCUGUGUCAUAAAAUCUUAAAAUACUCCCUUGUUAUGCCUUUUUUUAAAAAUCCCACAACAUUCAGUCCAGGUCUGGAGUCAACCUUGAACAAAAUUGCUGCUUAUUGUAAAAACUGUGUGUGAAGUUGUCCUGGACAUAAAGCUGUUUUAAAGGACUUUGUUUCAUCAAAUCCCGUUAAUUGUAAUCUGAUGUAACAUCAUUUAUUCAAAGGAUUCAGAGAGCCAAACAUGUCCUCCAUGUUGUGGGGUGACUUUAUAAUUGUGGCAUUAUUUUUUGACCACAGAAAUACUCAAUCUGGCAGGUGAGUAGGGUUUUGGAGGAGGUAACCUACCUGACUCUGCUCUCCAAACCUGCCAGCUCAGGUUGUGCUCAUGGUCAUAUCAUGUUGAUUUCUCAUUUCUCAGAGGUUUUCCACUCAGAGAAUAUUUUGGUCUUUUCUUCAGAUGUCUCAUUUCUGUGCAUGCACACUCGUAAAGAUUCCAGAGCAUUUAAACCAAAGUCCAUAAGAAGACAAUAUGUUGACAGAGAUACUGGUUGCAUUCAAAUAAUAGUCACUAAGUUUUAGGUCAGACUUCACUUGGCAUGGCGUUAGUCCAUCAUAUGAAGGAGACCUAUUAUACUGUUCAUAAUAAUGACGUGAAGUUAUGCGUCUGUGUCUGUGACUGGCGGCUAGCAUCCACUUAUAGGUCUGGGCGAUAUGGCCUCAAAUCAAAAUCACGAUGUUUUGAGUAGUUCACCUCAAUAACGAUAAAUGGACGAUAACUACUCCACAAUCUACUUCAUCUAUCGGUAACUGUAAAUUUUCGGUUUAUCGCCCAGCCCUACCCACUUAGCUCCACGAAUAGAUUAAUGUUGCUUACAGCUUCUUGCUUAUUAUGAAAGGUCCCAGGUUUUAGCAAUGACUGAGAAGCAAAUUCAUCUCUUACUGACCUUUGUUUACAAAGAAGUCAUCAGUGAAGCGGCGAGCAAAAAACAGUCAUGACGUGGCGGUCAUCCCAAAAACAUAAACGUCUGUUUUCUGGUGUCUUUGUGUUCGGUGCGAUAAGAUAGCUGUGACUGUACUUCACAAUUCUCUGAGAUGUACUGAAUCAACUAAGUGCAGAGCAGAGGAAAAACACAAGCACUGAAAGUGACCUUGCUGCUUGUGGGUGGCUGUGUCUCUGACAAAGCUGUCAAGAAGGCUUGUCUUCUGGCAUUGUUCUGAUAGGACAGCACAUGACAUCGAGUUGUAUCCUUGUCUCAAAACAAGGUGUCUAGAGUUCCCGGAAAAACAUAUAUGGGAAUUACGCCAACAUCUUUGUAUCUUUUGGAGCCCUGCGUAGAUUUAGCACAGACAUCCAACAAUGCAUUGUACAUCAGCAUAAUAGGUCUCCUCUAAGACAAAGCUAGUGCACGAAACCCCCCCUGUAUGAAAAGAUGGUUUGUUCGGUGCAUGCUCUCGGCUUCCAUUGCGAUGCUUUUCACGGCUUCACACCUUUUUCCAGAACCAUCUCAUUUUGCAUGAAUCUCUAAUCUUUGUAUUUAUACGAUAUGUGUGUAUGCAGAGGUGGAAAGUAAAUAGUGCAGUAAUUCAAAGUCACUUGACCCUAUUUGCACACAAGCACUUUAAUGCACCAUUUUUAACCAUGCUGAGUAGGAGUUUAAAAAAGCUCUCUAGAUGUGAUUUAACUUUGCAACAAAAAGGACUAAAUCCUGUUGAGCCUCUUUACAAUGUUUAACUUUAUCAGUUUGGAGGUUUGUAUCCUCCUAGAAACUAAUAUGAUUAAAUGAAUAUUUAAAUGAAUAUUUAAUUUAAUUUAAUUUAAUUUACAGAGAGUAUCUUUUCUUGUCUUGUUUUCCUCUUUUUUAUUACUCUUUCCACCUUUGUGCGCCGUACAGCUGUUAUGCCCCUGAAUGUCUGCACACAUACAUGCCUGCCAAAGAGACCGCUGAUUAAAUUGUGCUAGUGUUUCAAAAGAUGGCUUGUGCCCCCACCCCCCCUCACUGGGUUUACUAUUGCAGGACGCCCCUCUGUCUGACUGUACAGACAGUAUUGAUGGCCUCGAUGUGUCCGAGGGGUCCUAUAGUCCUGCUAGAUCAAUUAGAAAGGUACUUACUGCUCCAGUCACAAAUACUGUUCACCUUUUUGCUCACAUCAUCCUCUAAGUCUGCAGAAAGGCCUGCUUAGAAAAAAAAGUGAAAUGCAAUCCCUCAAAUACAAAAGUCUGAGAACUUUUCAUACAGUCAGAUAUCAGUAUUUGUUUGCAGAGAGGGAUGAUCACACGCUCCUGCUGAAACCGGCUUCUUCUUUGAGAAGUUGUUAUGAGUCAGUGUGGGCAGUAACAAAAGGAGAUGUCAGAUCCAGUGAUGGUGUUUUUGCUGCAUGUCUUGUACAGAAUUUUUUAAAAAAAGAAGAGGAAAUUAAAAUAACAUUUCAUGAUUACAAACACGGCUGCUGACUGCAGUUAUGCUCUUGUUGAUGCACUGUUAGCUGGAACACCUUCCUAAACCUGUCGUGCUUUGCUUUUAUAUAUUAUUGCCAUUCAUUAUUAAAGUUUAAUAGGAUGUGUUAUUAAACAUCUAAUCAUACUUGUGCUUUGAAUUUACAUAUUUUGAAUUUUUGGCUAACACUAAAUUACUGAAUGUGAGAGAAGAGGAUUAGGGCCAUUAGGGAAAAAAAGGUCUAUUAUAUACAUUUUUUAUCAUCAAUAAUAAAAACAUUAAUUCCUGUAUGUAUAUUGGACCUUUUUUACCAGUGGCCCUCAUCCCCUUUUGUAGAUUGUAUUGUUAGUCAUGUGAAUGUAUUACCUGUGUACCACAAUGAAUCUGCAAACCCCACAAAGGAAAGAUUAAACAAACCUGGUAACCUGCUGUAUCAUUGAUUUUUAAUAACUUUGUAGUUUUUUCUCUUGAGCUGCGGAUGGCAGAACUCAAAAGUCUAAUGAUUUUUUAAAAAGUGAUACACAUUAGAAAUAAAUGUAUUAUUAAUAUAAAAAACUAAUUUGCCUGAGUGUUGAUGUGUAAGCAGUACCAAUAUUCGUCUCUUGAUGUGAGCCCUAUCUGCUUGAAAGGACAGCGCCCCUGAAGUCCAGAAAAGUGGAUUUUUUUUAUCCUGUGUGCACAAGAUCAUAGCUUGUACAGUAUAGUAAGUAUUUAAACUCUCUUUUUGCCCUAACUUGCCCUUUAUUCAACAAUCAGUAGGUUGCUCACAGCACCUUUAGUAGUGCUAAUGUAAGUAUAUGUAGUGUUUAUCAUAUAUGUUUUAACAUAGAAAGCGAUAACUUAAUGGAAAACGUUGCUAUAACAUGCAAAUAUAUCUGUCACUAUGAUACAGCCAAUCAGUUUCGUCACCACCUCAAAUUCAUUGACUUUACUGUAGAGCACCACGUGAAUAAAUAGCGACAUGUUGGAUAAAUGCACUCAAGAUUUUACCUUGUUCCUACUAAGCAGCUACCUCCAGUCUUAAGAAAGGUUCCCGAGUACCCACUUGAGGUUAGCUGCAGAAGCACCAAAAAAAGUCCCAUUUGUAAAGCAGAAAUUAACACAUUUACAGCCUUUUUUCAAAAAUAGGUUAUGGUCUGAAUCGCUCAGAGCUCAAACAGCACCCACUCACUCAGCACGAGAAGUGGUCGGCACACUGUAGCUAUUUGUGAGGAGGUUAAAGUCUUUCUAGAGUCUAUAUAAUAAUCAGUACCAAUAGGCCCCAAACCUCUACUUAGCACAAAAAAGUCACCUACACUACAUCCAUGUGUUGUAUGGUCUAUGCUUUCUGCAGGAUCAUUGUCCUGAGUGUGCCAUAUUAGCUUGUGCUCACAAGAUAAUAACAUAUUUUUCCACAAGAUUAUCUUAAAUGCACAAUCAGACUUUUGUAAACAUGAAAAAAUGUCACUGUUUGGACUUUAGGGGCUAAAUUUAGGGGAUAUGUAAUGAAACCCCCAUAAACACAGCUUCAGCACCUCUCUAUUCAACAAAACCUUAAACAUGUUCACCGCAGUCAUUUGAAAGCCUAUUUGAAGUCUUGUGUCUUUUUUGCCUUCUGUCUGUGUGUCCUGUAGGGGGAGCUGGUGACCGCCUCUAAAGCCAUCAUUGAGAAGGAGUACCAGCCCAAAGUCAUCGUCAGCAAGCAGGGUCCCAACCCCUUCACCAAGCUCACCGACCAGGAGCUGGAGGAGUACCGUAAGGAGGUGGAGCAGAAACAGAAAGGGCCUGAAGGUAAACACAAAGAAACUGAACAGUCAAAAAAGUGUUUGUAUUUUUUUUUUCGGCCACAGGAUCAUUUUAGAUGUGAAAUUAAAAGACAUACAUGAUAACAUAUAGGAAGCGUUCAUUCAAUCACUUAGAUUAGCACCUUUCUCAGGGUAAAUCGUUUCUCCUAGACGACCGAGGAUUGUGUCAUGUGACUCAUGUCUGCGCUGGAAGGAAGAGAAAUUCGUUGAUUCUUCUCUUGUUUUACGUUCCCUUAAUUUUGUUCUUAUUCCUCUUAUUUUUACUUGAAGGUUUUUAUUACUGUUCUAGUUACAAAUAAAAAAUAAACACUCAAUAUGGAAAAAAUGGCCCACAGAUUCAUGUGCUUGUAUAGGCCGAGCUGUGAUGUUAUCUCUCCACACACGACUUCACAGCGCAGAGACGGGAUGAUAGCAAGGAGGGCUCGGCCUCCAGCGUCCCCUGUCCCGAGCCCGAAAAGCCACCAAAGGGUGAAGCCUCUGUCUCCGAACUUGUACAGGCGCCACCUGACUCAUCCAGCUCAGAGACGGCCCCUGAGCCGGGGUCUUCCUCCCUUGGCCUCACAGGUGGUGAGGCAGAACCUCCUCAGAGCAUUGAGCAGUCUGCAGAAGCGAUCGUAAAUGAAGUUUUAUCGACAGCAGAAGAGCUUCUUUCAGCCCCAGAUUCCCCACAGAAGGAGUUCCACUGCGCCGUGCUGCGAGCCCUCAGCAAGGAACCAGUGGUAGACUCAGAGCGGGCUCCAGGUACAACCAAACGGAGCGGAGUCAUCCCUAAAAUCUGGUCUUCUGCUUCCCUUCUCCCCUGCUCAGCCUCGCUGUGGGAGCGUGGGAGAUCCUUGCCUGCUGUGUCCUCUCCUUUGCCCCGGGGUUUGAAGUCUGCUGCCAUUGUUUUAUUUUUACCUCCUCACCCAAAGUUCAAUCUGCUUGAUUUUUUUUCCCCUCCCUUCUCAUCCCCUCUCUCUGAUGCCUUGUGCUAAAGACAUCCGAGUCUAAGCAGAUCAUUUACCUCUCUGCGGUUUGAUUGGAAGAGGAGCUGAGUAGAGAGGAUUUCAGAAACAAAAAGGGAGAUCAUUUUGAGAUUUGAAACUCCUCUCUUUGAUGUGCUUUCUCCUUAAGUCUAAAAGUGCUUUUGCAGUGGAGUACUAACUCGUGCUAACAGUCAAGGACGCAGUUUCUGAGCUCAGUCAUCCAAUCAGAGCUUCCCAUGUGUGGACAUGAAUAAUGGUGUUCACUUUAUGCUUUUCCUGCUAAUCUAUCCUGGAUUUAUCCGUGUUGGUGUCCACUCUCCUUUCCGUGCCUCUGACUGAUUUUUUUUGAUAAAUCUAAUGAUAGAUUGGGUUCCGUCUGGCUCUUUGGGUUAUUUUAUUGAGAUUUUUCUAAAAUCUCCUGAUUAAUUCCUCUUCCUCGGAUGGGUUCCUUUUGUUUUCUCCUUUUUUGUGUUAUCUUGAAACAGAAUAUUUUCAAUCAGAUCUAACCUCAACAACAAUCUUACUACUUAUUUGUUGAAAAAUUUCUUCAUCUUUACACUCGCACUCAUAUAUGUUUAACAAAUUCUCACAUUGUGUUUCUCCACUGGUUUUAUUUCUUGUUCAGACUCUGAGCAGCUAGUAGAGCCAGACGAGGAGGAGGAGCCCAAAGGCCAGAAACCCGCCACCACACCACCCAGCACCCCAGUCAGAGCAGAAGAAGGUAGGUUAGCGUGACAGACUCAACACACCUGGCUCGCCUGGUCCAGCAUGGGGUCCUCCAGUCCUCCUGGCUGGGCUUUUGAGCUUUUUUUAGGGUCUAAAGAGGGAAUGCAGAGGCUCUUACCCAUCCAUCUGCCUGUCUGUGUUUGGGGUCUGUUCUUGUUGUGGCCUCUAAUAUUACUACUACAGGUGUUGUGCUUUGUUGUUUGUAAUAAAAGCCCAAGAGGUUUUCAGUAAUCAGUAAUCAAUGAUACAGAGUCAUAGGUUGGGAUAAGGCUAUUACCUGCACACACAGGGUUAGGGUUUAGUAAAUAGAGAGGGUGACAUGUAAAUACAAGGAUUAUUUGUUACUUUUUUAAGUUUAAAUGUCAAAGUUUGAUACUUUAUUUUUUCCUCUUGGUCUUUAUUACUAUUGGAUUACACCUUUGUGAACUGUAUCAUCCCUGAUGAUACAGGAAAUUAUAAAGUAUAUCAUCUUUAUUUAAAGCUACUGUGAAGAGAUAUGAAACAGACUGAAGUGAGUAUUAAUAUCUUUACAUGAGUUACAAAAGUGAGCAGGACCCAAAUUGAUUAAACAACUCGUUAUUUUUAAUGCUUGUAACAUGUAACAUGUCAACUGGAGUGAUUAAAACUCAUGUGUGGAGAUCUUGGACAGUCGUGAAACAGACUAAAACCUAUAUUGAUGGCUUUAUAUGACCCAAUAUAGCAAUCCAAUUUAUCUGCAACAAGUUCGAUCUUUUCUAUUAGUUGAUUUUAAAAACUUGUAACCACUGCUGGUGGAUGAAGUGAGUUAAAACACACUGCUAAACAGCUUUUGUUUACAGUUGAAUGACAUUUAAUAAACAACCCAUUGACUGUCAAAAGACAGCAGACCUGUCCAAAAACGUAACUUCCACAUCAGGAUAAAAGCAGAAAAGAGAGCAGUAGUACAACUUUGUCCAUAGGGGGCGCCAGAAUCAAUCAGUACGUUUAGGUGCACAGUCAUAGCUUGAUUAGGUGAUUUAACUGGACUGCUGUCUUUAUCCCAGUUUCCAUGCGCUGGGAAAAUAAACGUUUAAAAUCAUUACUUACACGUCCUUUAAUCAGUGACAAGAUUAGAGGCACUACUUCGCCUACAGGAGGCGCCAAAAAACAAACAAACAAACAGUUUAUUUGUCACAGGAGUUUUAUAAAUAAGGGUUUAUUUUAUGAGUUUUCUUAAUGUGGCCUACAUUAGGAAAUAGUGGAUUUCUAUUCACAGUGAGGGAGUCAGUUUAGGGACGAGUAGCUUUAACCUCAGGUGUAAUCUAAUACCUGAAAUGUUGUUGUAUAACAUGUCUCUUUGUACAGUAAGUCCUUUGCCCCCCCUCACUUCCAUUCUCCAUCUUUUUUGGGGUCUACUAAGAAUGGUUCCCAGCCAUUCUUUUUAAAUUCUUCUCUGGUGUUGUUUUCUUUCUCUAUUUCACUUUUUAUUUAUGUUUUUUUUAAUUUAACACAGUGCUCGUGGUUUGAUCUGCAUAGACAUUUGUUUCUACUUGUGCUUUUUCUUCUUUGUGCCUGCGAUUACAAUCAGGAGAUGGAAAUACAAAAGAGUACCUGUUGCCAUAGUAAGUACGUACUGUUCCAACUCCUAAUUACCCGUCACCCUCCAUGCCCGUCUUUGAUCAUUUACCCUUUUUCUUUGCACGGCUUCACUAGUAGAGCUCUUCUGUGUUCUUAACUAACCCGCUUUUGAGGGUUUCGAGACUGUUCAGUUGGUUUUAUGUCUGUUUUCUGAAUUCCUCUGAUUUCUUUCCCAGGAUUGAUGGGGGUUAUUUCAGAGCUCCGCCCUCUUUUGCUAUUUGCUACUUUCCAAAUAAACCAAAAUACUGAAAAACUGCAUUGAAAAAAAUCACAAAAUUAGGUCUUCUUCAAACAUUUUCCUCAAUUUUAGCACUUGUAACAGUGGCCAGCUUUAUAUAAAGUGGGGGACGUUCCUGGAAUAAACCUCAACUAUCCAAACUUUUUGACUUUAGAUAACUUAUUUUAUUCUUCUUUCCAAUUAUUCACUUUCAGAUUAACAAACCUCUCUGGCACAUACACAUUCUAUCAGUAAAUUACACUUGAAUUUCUGUUUUAUGAAAAAAACAGGUAAUGUAAAUGUUGUUUGUCUUACAGAUGAGUCUUUCACCAGGUACAUGAGUGCUUUAUUUGAGUGUGGCUUUAAAAGUGAGCUUGCCGCUGAUGGCUUCGCUGAGACUCCCCGUUAGUUUAAUUUUAAUGAUGGUUGACUUCCACUGCUUUGCUGUGUGGUUCUGUCCGGUCUCCAUUUUUAUCUGUUUGUGUGUAUGGACAUGAGAGUAGUCAAAUAAAGCUUGUGUGUAGUGUGUUCUCAGGUUUUAACUAAGAAUUUGUCAGGCUAAUGUGCUGGAGCAUGUCAGAAAAAUUAGAAAUGAAUAAAGCUGGAGUUGUUUCGCACCAGACUGCACUGUGUGAGUUUGUACCUAAGAUGGAGGCAGUUUUGACUUCGGAUCCAUGAGGGUCUACAGAGGCGAACCUCUUGGAUCUUGCUUCAGCGCUUGUAUUUUCUUUUUUGCUGGGAGUAUUCGUGUAUUUUAAAAAAUGACCUGGUAGUCACUUGGAAAAGUUUCUGCCAAUUUAUUGAUUUAACAUCAACUUCUGCAGGUUAGAUUUUUUUUUUUUCUUUUUUUCAGGUUCAGCAGCUAAUGUCAGCGCUUUGAGUAGCCGUUGUUAGCCAGUUAUAAUUAAACGAGUAAAUUGCUGUAAAAGAUCCCUCACUUGACAAAACAAUAUAACAGCUUACAGUCAGCUAGCAACAAAGCUGCACCUUCAGUGUUAAAAUCAUAGACUGUAUAUAGAAUUGACGCUGUCUGCCUCCUCGCUGGGUGAAGCCACUCUGAGAACAGCACCCUCUGGUGAUGGGCUGUGGUAUAGGUCAUAAAUCCCGCCUCCGCCAGCAAAGCUUAUGGAGCUGUGGACAAACUUCAAAAUUGAUUACACAGAACAUAACUUUUCUCCCCCCUGCUUUCGGUGUUAACAUGUAGUUACAGUAAGACUGGUUUGUGCCCAAGUCCUCUUUUUUUCUGCACAGCUCCAUUUUUAAAAGUUAUUAGGGGGUUCAUGUUUUCUAUCAUUGACACCUGAUACAGCCUAUUGGCGUACGAAGAUUGCAUAGCUCACCCGGGAGAUGUGAUGUUUGAGCCGAGCGUCAUCACAGUGACUGGGCAACUCUCCCGCCAAAUGCGUACAAUGCUACUGCUACAGGAGGCGGAACCAAGUUGUCCAUUGUAUAUACACUCUAUGGUUUUUUUGAGUGUUUUAAUUUCUGCAGCUUUUACUUGAUAGCUUGCCAUUUGUUAGCAUUUUUAGACCCAGGUUUAAUUCUCUUCUCUCUAUGAAGACAAUAUUGAGAUUGCAUAUAUGCAUUUUACUUUAAUCAUUAGUCACAUGUAGUUUUUAACAUCAACCUUUGUGAAUUUGCCACAUUUUUGUCACCAAAUUCAAAACUGGUCAUUUAAAAAGUAUGAAGCAUUUUUAUUUAUACUUCUUUAAACUACGUUAGCAAAAGUUAGUAAUUAAAAUCCAAUGUCUUGAAAUUUAAGCUAAAAAGAUAACAUCACUGUAUACUCCCAGCAUGUUGUUUAACACUGAAUUAAACUCUGCACUCACAUGUGAAGACUGAAGGGUCUGUUUUUUGUUUCAAAGCUGAGUUUACCCUCUUUGUCCUUGAGAGCUGUGCCAGUUUUUAAUUAAUCCCCUCCUGACUUGUUAUAUAACCUCACUUUUGUUGUGGUUAUGUGAUUCAAGUCUAUGGAAACUCUGCCGUAUUUUUUUCGUGUUGUGGACUUCUAUGUUUGUUUGUUUGUACACAGGGUGCAAAUGAGCAAGGGAACUACGCUCAUUAAGAUUUCCCUGUUUAAAUGAAGGUAAAGCAGAAAUGCUGUGGACCAGCAUGGGCCUGCCAUGAUAAUCAUGCUAAAUUAAGUCCUGAAAGAGUUAAAAUGAGGAUUACUAAGAGCUCGGUCUUAUCUUUAGUCACUUAUUUUAGUGAAAUUGAGAUGUAACUGAUUUCUUGAGUGAUGCUUGUCUAUGUUGUGUCGUAGAAGAGUGCAGUGCAUCGUGUUCUUGCAUUUGGUUUUGGCAUCGGGUAUGUUUUUGAAAUGCAGGUUUUAGCUUUUCAGUGGAAGUACAAGCUGGUUAAAAAGUAAACAUAUGUACUGUCAGGCUUUUUAAAUGUACAGUGUGUAGAAUUCAGCUGCAUUUAGCAGAACAGCCUUGAUUAAAUAUUUCAAUGUCAAAAUAAGUGCACAAUCACCUGAAUGUGAAAUUAUUCCGUUUUUGCUGACUAGAAUAAGCCCUUUUUAUCUACAUUAGAGCGGGUCCCUUUGCAAGGAAGCCCCCCAUCUUGCACCACCAUGUUUCACCACCAUUAUACAGCACAGACUAACAAGCAAUAUUCUUGUUUUUUCAUAUUUACUCAAAAGAAGUUGUAUUGAUUGACCUGGAAAUGAAAAUCUUUUACUUAACAUGCAACACAGGAGCUUCUAGUUCUUGAAGGACACUGUUGGUUCACCAAUAGACAGAGUAAGCAGGAGACAAAAUCAGGAAUUUGACCACUUGAUAUUACGUAAUAGUUCCUAUACACUGUACCUUUAAAAAGCAGAUGAUUACAUUUAUUUCAUAGAUGCUGGAGGAGACGCAGAGUUAUUUGAACUCUUGCGGUUGAUAAGUUGAUUCUUUUUUGACAAGAAAAGUUGCUUCAAAAGUGCAUCCAGAGGUGUUUUGUAGUAUUUCCAGUAGUCUGCGAGCUCCACAGCAGAUGCAUGAUUUUUUCACCUCUGUGAUCAAUAACUCAUCUUUCUCCGUCCCCCAGAAUCCUUGCCUGAACCAAUCUCUAAGGAUGAAAGCGACGCAGCCACCCUGAGACAGACCCUCCCAGAUCUUACACCUGACGACCCCUCCGACGCCCCGGCGCUUCCCGCUGAAGACUCCGCCUCUGCACCUGCCGCAGCUGCACCUGCCCCCACCCCCGCGGAAGCAGACGCGGAAGCAGAUGCAGCUGCGGCUGAGGGGGAAGAUCCUGCUGACGCCGGCGACCAAGAGGGUGAAGAGUCUCCCAGCAAAUCACCCUCCAAAAAGAAAAAGAAGUUCCGCACUCCCUCGUUUCUGAAGAAAAACAAGAAAAAAGACUGA